UCAUCAGUCGUGGGUCGUGGUUUCUCAUUUCUUGCGUUUGUUUAUCUCCCGUUGAAACUCGCAGCGUUUGAUUAAUCUUUGGAAACGUACCUUUUAGGAAAAAAAAUCUUAAUGUGACAGCGCAUUUUAUUUCCUACUAAUGAAAUGUGUGGAUACUUUCUGCUCUUGUCAUUGUGGUUUAUUUCUUUAAGUAAAAGUGCAUUGGGGAGAAAUGUACUUCUAAUUGUAGCGGACGAUGGCGGCUUUGAAAGUCAAGUUUACAAUAACCCAGUUUGCAAAACACCUCACAUAAACCAACUUGCAUCAAAAAGCAUUAUUUAUGAGAAUGCUUUUACAUCAGUUAGUAGUUGUUCACCUAGUCGUUCUGCAAUUCUUACUGGGUUGCCUCAACAUGAAAAUGGAAUGUAUGGACUACACCAAGGUGAACAUCAUUUCAAUUCCUUUGAUCAAAUCAAAAGUCUUAGCUCAUUACUCAAAGAAAGAAAAAUAAGAACAGGCAUUAUUGGCAAAAAACAUGUUGGACCAGAAGCAGUUUAUCCCUUUGAUUUUGCUUACACAGAAGAAAAGUAUUCUAUCAAUCAAGUAGGACGUAAUAUCACAAAGAUUAAGCAAUUGGUUCAGAAGUUUCUUGCCCAAAAUGCAUCAAGUCCUUUUUUUUUAUAUGUUGCCUUCCAUGAUCCUCAUCGCUGUGGACAUACAAAUCCUGAGUUUGGUGAAUUUUGUGAAAAAUUUGGAAAUGGAGAAAAAGGAAAAGGGUUCAUUCCAGAUUGGAAACCCAUCUAUUAUAAACCAGAAGAUGUUUUGGUCCCCUAUUUCAUUCCUGAUACUCCAAAAGCAAGAAGUGAUCUUGCAGCACAAUAUACUACCAUUAGCAGAUUAGACCAAGGAAUUGGAUUGAUAUUGAAGGAAUUGAGAAAUUUUCAAGUAGAAAAUGACACCCUGGUUCUUUACACAUCUGAUAAUGGAAUACCAUUCCCAAGUGGGAGAACAAAUAUGUACGAUCCUGGCAUAAUAAAGUAAGCACUCUUGCAUAAGGAUAUAUAUAUAUCUCAUUUAAGAUCAAAAAAACUAAUUAGCCAUCUUGAUAUCUUGCCAACUAUUCUUGAGUGGUUCGACAUUACAUACCCGAAAUACAAAGUGAACGGAAAUCUGAUUCAUUUAACAGGUAAGUCACUACUACAUGACUUUGAGGACGAAUUAGAAGAAAAUGCUGUGGUUUUUAUGAGUCACAAUCUUCAUGAAGCUACAAUGUAUUAUCCUAUGCGUGUGAUACGAUCAAAAAAUUUUAAACUGAUACAAAAUUUAAACUUUAAAAUGCCAUUCGGAAUUGACCAAGAUUUUUUCAUUUCACCUACUUUCCAAGAUUUGUUGAACAGGACAAAGAUGAAGAUAGACACCAACUGGUAUAAAAAUUUAACUGAAUAUUACUACAGGCCACAGUGGGAGUUGUUUGAUUUGGAAAAAGAUCCUCAAGAGCUAAGAAAUGAAUUUGGGAAUCCCAAAUAUGAUUCAGUAUACCAAAAGCUUAAAAAUAGGUUAAAACAAUGGCAAGUACAAACCAAUGAUCCAUGGGUUUGCUCACCUAAUGCUGUGCUUGAAAAUAAAGGAAAGUACAAGCAAAACCCUCAGUGUAUGCUUCUUUAUAAUGAUACUUAAAAGCAGUGUUUUUAUAGAAUAAGGAUUCUUCAAAGCAAAUGAAAAUACAUUUGAUUUUUUAUUGUAUUUUUAUGAGCUUUUUUGUGAUACUAUA